AUGGAAUCGAUAUUAAAUUUUCGUGAUGUUACUGAAAGUUUUAACGAAUUUGAUAAUAUUUAUAAUAAAAAACCUUCAAAUGAAGAAGAAAAUCUACUGGCAAAAAAUUAUCCAUUGGUGAAAGGCACUAAUAAUGCUAUUAAAUUAAUGGGAGAAGUUUUGACUCCAAAUGGAUUACACGGAAUGUAUAUUGAUCUUGUAAAGAAUUGCCAUGAAAUAAUUAUUGAGAUCCUUGAAGCAUUAACAGAUAAAUCAAAUUUACCUGUAUUGAUUCAUUGUAAACAUGGUAAAGAUCGUACAGGAAUAGUAAUUGCAAUUAUCUUAUCAUUACUUGGCAUUCCAGAUGAACUUAUCAUCAAAGAUUAUUUAUCAUCACUAAAACAUUUACAACCUAUUCAAUCUGAAAUCGUAAAAGAUUUUAGAAGAAUGGGUUUACCUGAAGAAUUCUCACUGAUGAAUAUAGUUCAACGUCGAACUAUUUAA